CAUGAAAAAUGGUACUAUGAAGGUGAUAUUUGUGGUAAUUUCCCUUGAAUUUAGUAUACAUAAUUUUUUUGAGAAUUUCAUGUUUACCACUUUCAUGGUACCAUUAUUCAUCUUUACCACCACUAAAGGGACAUUUUCAAAAAUAUUUUCUUUAUUAACUAACAAAAGACUCUUAUACACUUGUUUUCUAUAUAUAUGUAACAAAUAAAGUUCUUAUGUUUUUGGAGUAAACUUUUUCAAAUUCAAACUUUUUAAAAAAAAAUUGAUUUUUUAUUCGAAUUUGUUUUUCUAAAAUUUCGUUUCGAAAAUCAAAAAUAUGUUUGAAACUACUUUUUUAAGUAUUUAUUUAUAUAUUUAUUAGAAUCAUAAAUUUCAUAUUCUGAAAACCCUACUCCACCUCUCAACUAUAAAUUAUAAGUCUAGAUUAGUUAACCCUAGUAGUAUAAAUGUCUUUUACCUUUUAUUAAAAGUGAAAGUAAAAAUAGUUAGUGCAAAUAUGAAAAAUAAUACUAUGGAUGUGGUAUUUAUGGCAAUUUCCUUUCUUUGACCAACAUGAUGACUUAAUAGCCUUAUGUUAAUGUUUUAAGACAUGAAAGAAUUAAACUAACACUAGCUCAAUUAAUUAAACCAAAACAAAACACAAGCUGAAUCAACCAAACUGAACAUAUAAAAUAACCAAUGUGUUCACCCCUAAUAAUUAGUGUGUGUUCACCCCUAAUAAUUAGUGUUAAGCAUUUAUCUUCACAUGAUAUAUAUUUUGAACAUUUUCAUAAUUAUGUUUUUAUUAUAUUUAUUGUAAAAUAUGGUUAUUUUCAAUGUCUAAUGAUUGUAUCUAAUGGUUCUUAUUGAAUUAUUAUGUUACUUAAAUAAAUUAAAUAAUGUUUUAUUAGAUUAUAUAGAUUAGUGAAUAUAAAAAUAAUUGAUGUUGCUAACAUAUAAAAUUAUGAAUAUAUUUUGUAUUUAUAUAUAUCAUAUUAAUUAUUCUUCAUGUAAAUAUUUUUAUACUCUAUUAUUUUAAUUAUAGCCUAAAAAAUUAAGAUUUUAAUUGAUGAAAAUAUAUGCAAAUUUUAUUCAAUUAUCUAUAUAAUAUUCUAUAGCUUUUUUUAUACAUUUUGAUGAAAUAAUUUGGAUUUGUUUAGAAAAUUUUACCCAACAAAAAUAGGGGAAAUUGCCACAAAUACCACAUUCAUAGUCAGUGGCGGAGGCAAUUCAUUGUCACGGUGGUCAAAUGACCCACGUGAAAUUAUGAAAACAUUAUGGCUUUUAUUAAAAAUUUUAAAAUGACCCUGGUCCAAAAUAUUUAUUGACCCCGUUAACAUUUUUCUGACCCUUGUCCAAAUUACUUUGACCCUAGUCCAAAUUUUGUAUGGACCAUAAUCUAAUAACUACGUUAAUUAAUUUGCAGCCCAUUAUAUUUUAGAUAAAGAAUUACAACAAAAUAAGCCCACCAGAUAAAAUAAACCCAACCAUUAAUAUUAUUUCAAUGGCUUAAGCCUAAUUAUUAUAUUAAUUUAGUCAUUUGGACGUUUUGUUUUCUUCUUCUCCUUUCUGGUCUUUCUGAAACUCGUCCAUUACAACAGCAGUAGCCAGUAGCGAAGGUAAUAAAUAGUAUUGUAUUUUGUUAAAUAAUUUAUUUAAGCUUUCUUCUUCUACCAAGUAUGAAUAUUGUAUUAUAUUUUUAUAAAAAUCAAAAGAUCUUAAAACUAGUUUUUAUUUAUGGCUUGUUCCUUUGAUUUUUAGAUUAUUUUACCCUAUAAUUGUUAUGUUUCAUAGUCUCAAAUGAUAAAAUACCAAAUGUCUACAUAAAGGAUACCAUUUGCACAAAAAAACAGAAGGAUUGCUCAACAUACAAAUUUCGUAACUAUUAGACAUAGAGAAUUGAACAUUGUCUGUUAUAUUAUAUACUUGGUUUGAUAUUAUAUUUUGUUUUUAUUUAUGCAGGUACCAUCAGACAAAAUGGAACGAUAUUUGAAUUUGAACAAAAGAAAAGCUCCACCAUCUGAUAUCAACUUGGAUGAUUUGCCGUGGGAUCCAGCUAAGCGGAAAAACAUUCUAGACUAUCCUUAUAAUCAAAGAGAUGAAGUAAGGCGCAAGUAUUUGACUAGAGGACCUUGUCAACCUAUUGGUCAUACUUUUCAACAAAAAUCAAUAGGAGGUGUAUUACGACGCUUUAAUCCACGUUGGUUUGAGCAGUACCCUGAUUGGUUAGAGUAUAGUCUGGAUCAAGAGAAGGCUUUUUGUUUGUUUUGUUACUUGUUCAGAGUUCAAGCUGGAAAACAAGGCGGAAGUGAUACUUUUGUAUCAACGGGGUUUUCUAGUUGGAAUAAGGCUGAUAGUUUCAGUAAGUAUGUGGGAGAUCAUACUAGUUUUCACAACGAUGCUAGAAAUAAAUGUGAAGACUUGAUGAGACAAGGUCAGUCUAUCAAGCAUGCUUUACAUAAGCAAACCAAUGUUGUGAAGAAUGAUUAUCGGAUCCGUUUGAGUGCUUCAAUUGAUGUUUCUAGACACUUGUUACACCAAGGACUGUCUUUUCUUGGUCAUGAUGAGAAAGAAGAGUCAACAAACAAAGGUAAUUUCUUAGAGCUUCUGAAGUAUACGGCUAGUCAGAAUGAGGCUGUUAGAAAAGUUGUGAUGAACAAUGCUCCUAAAAAUAAUCAGAUGACUUCUCCUCCUAUCCAGAAAGACAUUGCUCAUUGCUUUGCGGAAGAAGUAACUAAGUCUGUCAUACAAGAAAUCAACAAUGAUGUAUUUGGCUUGCUGGUAGAUGAAUCGGCUGAUAUUUCAGAUAAAGAGCAAAUAGCUGUGGUUUUUCAUUUCGUUGAUAAAUUUGGGCUCGUAAAAGAAAGAUUUGUUGGUCUUAGUCAUGUGAAAGAGACAUCUUCUUCAACUCUGAAGGAUGCUAUUGAUGAUUUGUUUUCGAAACAUGGAUUGAGUUUGAAAAAGGUGAGAGGACAAGGUUAUGAUGGGGCCAGCAAUAUGAAAGGAGAAUUCAAUGGUUUAAGAUCUUUGAUUUUGAGAGAAAGUGGAUCUGCAUAUUAUGUUCACUGUUUUGCUCAUCAACUUCAGCUGGUUGUUGUGGCUGUUGCAAAGAAGCAUUUUGAAGUUGGAGAAUUUUUCGAUAUGGUUCAUGUUCUGUUGAAUGUGGUUGGGGCUUCUUGUAAAAGAAAAGUUAUGCUCACUGAAAGUAAUCGCAAGAGAAUGGAAGAAGAGAUUAGUAAGGGUAAAAUGAAGACUGGAACUGGGCUGAAUCAAGACCUUUCUCUUAAAAGACCUGGAUAUACUCGUUGGGGUUCACAUUACAAGACUUUAUUACGGCUUGUUGUGAUGUUUCCAUGUAUUAUUGAAGUUCUUGAACAUAUUCAGAUAGAAGGCGCAGAUGGCACCAAAAGACAACAAGCAUAUGGUCUCCUCAAAUAUUUUCAGACAUUUGGUUUUGUCUUUCAUCUACACUUGAUGCUUGUUGUUUUGGGACUCACUAAUAAUUUGUCAAAGGCUCUACAGAAAAGAGAUCAAGAGAUCUUGAAUGCAGUUUCAUUGGUUGAAUCUACUAAGCGACAAUUACAGAAGCUUAGAGAUGAAGGAUGGGAUGAUUUUGUGGCUGAAGUUUAUUCUUUUAGUGAGAAGAAUAAUAUUGAAGUGCCUAGUAUGGAGGAAAACUUUGUUGACUCAAGAAAACCAAGGAGUAAAACUGGCAUCACAAACUUGCAUCAUUAUAAGGUGGAGUGUUUUUACACUGUUCUAGAUUUGCAGCUUCAAGAGUUCAAUGAUCGAUUUGAUGAGGUGAAUUCUGAACUACUAAUCUGUAUGGCAUCCUUAAGUCCGAUAGAUUCUUUUGUUCAGUUUGACAAGUCACUGUUGGUGAGACUAGCUGAGCUUUAUCCAGAUGAUUUUAGUUGUGUGGAGCGAAGAUCUCUUGAGCAACAGUUUGACAUCUACCUUGAUAAUGUGAAAAAAGAUGAAAGAUUUUCUAAUCUAGAGAGUAUUGGUGAUCUUGCUCGUGUAUUGGUGGAGACAAGGAAACAUCUUUCUCAUCCUUUGGUUUAUCGUCUUUUGAAGCUAUGUUUGAUUCUUCCUGUUGCAACUGCAAGUGUUGAAAGGUGCUUCUCCGCUAUGAACAUUGUGAAGACGGCUUCGCGUAACAGUAUUGGUGAUGAAUUUUUAAGUGAUUGUCUAGUUUGUUUCAUUGAAAAGCAUAUUCUUGAUACAGUGGCAAACGAAACAAUCAUAAAAAGCUUUCAAAAUAUGAGUGAGCGUAGAGUACAUCUUUGAAAUUCAAUGUACAGUGAUAUUUUUAUUAUUCAAUAGUUUAUGUACUUUAAGCAAAGUUAUAUCAUGACUCCCGUCAACAUUUUCUCUGACUCCGCCACUGUUCAUAGUACCACUUUUCAUGUUUACCCUAAUCAUUUUUACCCUCUCUUUUUAUGAAAGGUAAAAAACAGUUAUAUCUCUAGGGUUAACUAAUAUAGACUUAGGGUUUAGAGUUGAAGGAUGAGGUAAAAUUCUUGGAAUGUGAAAUUUAAGAUUCUAAUAAAUAUAUAAAUAAAUACUGAAACAAAUAUAAAAAAUAAUUUAAAAAUAGUUUCAAACAUUAUUUUUUAUUUUAAAAAAUAAAUUUUGAAAAUCAUAUAUUUUGAAAGAAAAAGAAAAAAAAAGAAAAUUAUAAAAAAUUUGAAUUUGAAAAAGUAUCAUUCAAAAAUAUAAAAAAAUUAUUAUUAUUAUUUUUUAUUUAUUAUAUAUAGAGCACAAGUGUAUAAGAGCAUUUUGCCACUUAAUGAAGAAUGUAUUUUUGAAAAUGUCAUUUUAGUGGUGGUAAAAGUGAAUAACAAUACCAUGAAAAUGGUAAACAUGAAAUUCUCCCCAAAAAUAUAUAUGAUUAUAAGUAAAGAUUUAGUCCAACGGAUUUUGCUAAUCAUCCACUUCUGUAUUGAAGCUCAUCAUCAAACAGUUUUUUUUUCAACGGGAACAAAAAAUAAAUGUUUGUAUAAUCCUUUUUGAGUUUUUGUUUCGGUUUUGUCGGAUCCGCAUACACAAAUUAUAUAUUUUUUCUAAUCAUAUAAAAAAAAUUAAUUGACUUUUAAAACCCGAGAAUAUCUUUUAACAAAAUACAAUUUACAAAAUAAUUUUUUUUUAAUUUAUAUUUUAGUGUAUUUGAAUAUUUAUAUAAAAAAUUAUACUAUUUUGUUAAGUAUGAAAUUUUAUAGGAUGUUUUUUAAUUUUUUUUUUAGUUAUUUCAACUCUUUUCGUUAUUAAUUUUAAUUAAAAUAUAUUUAAUUUAUUUGAUUACCUGAAUAAAAUAUUUUGAUAAAUGUUUACCAUAAAAUUUAUUUGAUGUCGAUUUAUUGCAUUUUAUUUAUAUACAUUAUUUAAUUUAAUAAGAAAAUAUAUUUAAACUUAAAUAACUGUAAUUUAAAGAAAAAUAAAUAAAAUAAGUUUUAAUUUAAUUGAUUUGAAAUUAAAUUUUAUCUUGUAGUAUGCAAACCUACAAAGAUAUGUUAUAAUUAUCUUGGUUUAUCAGAAAUUAUCAAAUAAUUUGAAAGGAAAUAGAUAAAAGGUUAUUGAAAAAAUGAUACUUAAUAUUUUUAUAUUGUUUGGAUACAAGAUUAAUUAUUAUUUUGUUAGGAAACAUAGAUAUAUAGUAGUAUGAUAUUAUUUGCAUAAUUAAUUUAUAAUAAAUAUUGUUUGGAUACAAGAUUAAUUAUUAUGUUUUCAGGAAAUAGAUAGUAGUGUGAUAUUGUUUGCAUAAUUAAUUUAUAAUAAAUGAUUUUUGGAUACAAUAUUAAUUAUUAUGUUGUUAGGAAACACAGAUAGUAGUAUAAUAGGGUACAAUUUUGUAUUUAAAAUCAAAUUUCAAAUUUAGGUCCAAACAAAUAUUUUUGUUUUAAUAAUGGAAACUUAAACCAACUAUAUGUACAAUAAAUAGUUGUGUAGACAUCCUUGUAUACAUUUCAACACAUCAUUUUGAGGAUGUAGUUAGAGUACUAUAGUUAUUCGUAAAAACAUAAAUCAAUUCAUGCUUUAAUUUUUUUUUUUAAUUUAUAUAUUAAUCACUAAAUUUUAUUAUAUUCAUAUUUUCUAAACUAUACCUAUUUUUAUUAUUUUUAGGGGAAGGGCUGAAACCUAACAAAUUUAUAUCCGUAAAUAAAUUUUUAGCACGGACAUUUUACUGGAUCCAAAAUCCGAACCUACUCUAUUAAAAAAAAAAGCAAAAUUGAAUU